ACUGGCUCUGAACGCUGGGGUCUGGACAGCUGUCAACAUGCCGUCAAGAAGCCGGCCAACUGGCUCAAUUUCGUCAAACUGCGGCCGCGCCGACACGCCGAUCUAAUACGCUACAUGAUUGAUUUGCGCACAACCACUCCAGCCGAUGAGCUGCUCAAGUCGGCCUCCAAAUUUGUCGCUCUCAAAUAUCCCGAGGUAGGUGAUCAUUCUACAGAUCGGUUUCAGUGA